UGCAUAAUGGGACAAGUCGUUAGUUAGAUAAGUGCAAUGGAAUGUUGUGGACACGCAACCAGGUACGGAUAAAAGCAUUUGAGCUUGGUGCAGGCAGUUACAGUCUUGUCGCCAAGAUGCAGGUGCAAGGUUUUCCACUGAUCAUUGUCUGCCUUUUGGUGAUCACCAGUUUGGAUUUGAGUGCGGCCAAUUCUUUGUGGAGUCUUGACCAGGUGGGAGCCUACUUUACUGGCAUCUUUCGAUCCGUGGUGGGUCCAAUCUUUGGCUUUGGCCUGAGAACCAACAGCACCGCCCUAUAGAGCUAGUUGUAGAUCUUACCGCACCAGACCGAAGGGAACCGGUAGCUUCUCCAUCACAUC